UUUUGUAUCCGAUUAGAUGUGCGUGCACAUUGCUUCAGUCGCAGCAUGGCCCCAAGGCAAAAGCGGAAGCGAAAACCUCAGCGUCUUUCUUGCACCUUGCGACUAAUCCCCUAUUUAUAAAUCAGAGGCGUCACACGCCUCUCACUAUUCUACCAUGUCGUUCCUCUUUUUAGUUCCGUUCCUCAAUACUCAUCCCCCCCUACUUGUACAUCAAUUUGGCCGAGCGAAGAAAUCCAUCCGGGGAAUCUAAACCCUAGCGGUUCUCUCUCGAUCCUUGCUAACGAUGGAGCCAACUCCGGAAUCGGGUGCGAUGACUGAUGUUGUGCCUGGAGACGUGGCCGAGUCGGCCGGAGCGGGGGAAGCUCCAGCGGACGAAUCAAAUGAGGCGCGGUCAGAGUGUUCGGAGGACGAGGUGCUGCUGUCGCGGACCCAAAGGCUGAUUUCGAAGAUCAUGGCAGCCGAGGUGAACCCUAAUCCUAGGCACCUCCAUGCACUGGCCUCCAUUCUUGAGACUCAGGAGUCCAGAUGCUUGAAAGAAUCUGGGUCUUCUAAUAAUGCACGGUCUUCUUAUGCUAUUGGAAGGUUGAUCAACUUAGUAAGGGAAAAUGAUGAAUUUUAUGAGUUAAUAUCAUCCAGGUUUCUAUCAGAAAGUAGAUAUAACAUAAGCAUACGUGCAGCUGCAUGUAGGGUUCUUCUGAGCUGUCCAUCAGCUGGAAUAUAUCCCGAUGUUUUUGAUGAUACUGUUCUCGAUAAUUUCAAAUGCUGGAUAGUGGAGGACACUCUAGAGGGUUCUGCUGAUGUAUGCAAUUGGAAGCGUGAGUUGGGAAGGAAUAAACCAACUGAUUUGGAAAUGCUUAAAACUUAUGCCACUGGACUUCUUGCUAUAUCACUAGCAGGUGGUGCCCAGGUGGUUGAAAAUAUAUUGACAUCAGGUUUGUCAGCCAAGCUUAUGCGUUACCUGCGGUUGCGAAUUCUGGGAGAGGCCAGUUCUAGCCAAAAGGAUUCUGUUUCUCAAUCAGAGGUUAAGCAUACUUCUGUUUCUACUUCUGCAAAAUUUAGAGAAGAAUAUAGAGGUAGGUUUCGACCGGUUUUGGAUGGACUAAAGAUUGUAGAUGAAUGUUUAUCAAGUGAUCACAAUGCUGAGAGGGAUCGAGAGAAAAGUUCUACCAUGCGACAGACACAUGAAGAAGAAGGUUGGCAAAAUUGUGUUGAGUUGCUGAAAAAUGAACUUGCUUCCUCAAUAGAUGAUGAUUACGGGGAAGGCGAUAUUGCUGCAGAUGACAUGGACAUUCUUGAUGGAAAAUUGAAGUUUAGUGAGAGGCAGAUUGCUAGAUCAGCACAUGAAGAUGCUGAUGAAAGUGUGAGAGAUGAUUUAACACGUCGUAGGACUAAUCGGCUUUGGCCAAGGUCAAAAGGGAUGGGAAGGAUACAUGAAGGUACCAUGGAAAAUGAAAAGAUUUUGUUGUCUCCAUCUUCUGGACUACGAUUAGGUGACAUUGCUAGAAAUUCCAGGGAUAAGAACCUAUAUAAAACUGAUGACAUCCAAAGGGUUUGUGAACUUAAAAAGAACUCUAUCAGAAUUGGUGUAGAUCCUUCUAGUAUUGAAGAAGAUAAUGAUGAUAGAUUUACUGAAUGCCUUGUUGGUUCAAGAGAUAUAUCAGAACUUAUAAAAAAGGCAACCAGAGCUGCUGAAGCUGAAGCCAGAGCAGCUAAUGCCCCAUCAGAAGCUAUUAAAGCAGCAGGUGAUGCAGCAGCUGAACUUGUGAGAUCUACUGCUUUAGAGGUAUGGAAAAGCACUAGUGAGGAGAAUGCUGCUUUUCUAGCUGCUUCUAAAGCUGUAUCUACUGUGAUAGAUGCUGCUUUGGCUACCAAAUUCUCAAGGAGUUCACUUGAAUAUUUUGAUGGUUUGGUGGAGUCGAAGGUUGUAAAAUCUGAACUGCAAGAGGAGCUUGAAGAAUUUUUUCUUGUAGAUGGUAAAUCUCUGGCACAAUUACGAGAGAAGUACUCGAUUCUGUGCCUACAAAUUUUGGGUGAAUAUGUGGAGGCUUUAGGACCUGUUUUGCAUGAAAAAGGGGUUGAUGUCUGUCUUGCAUUGCUGCAACGCUUUUCCGGUGAUGGCGAGGCAGCAGACAAUUUGACAUUGCUGCCUGAGGUUCUUAAGCUUAUAUGUGCCUUAGCUGCUCAUAAAAAAUUUGCUUCUUUGUUUGUUGAUCGAGGUGGCAUGCAGAAGCUUUUGGCAGUUCGUAGAGCUUCUGAUACAUUUGUUGGUCUUUCAUCUUGCUUGUUCACAAUUGGUUCUCUUCAGGGAGUCAUGGAACGUGUGUGCGCGCUAACCUCUGAUAAUGUGCAUCAAAUGGUUGAGUUGGCACUAAAGCUUCUUGAAUGCUCUGAAGAACUUGCUAGGCAAAAUGCUGCCAUUUUCCUUGCUAGUGCAUUUGUUUUCAGAUCAACGUUAGAGUCUUUUGAUGCACAAGAUGGUAUGCAAAAAAUGCUUAAUCUUCUACAGUGUGCUGCUUCAAUUAGAUCUGGGGGAAACUCUGGGGUGUUAGGUAUGCCUGGUGUGAGUUUGCAAAAUGAUCGAUCAUCUGCUGAAGUUUUGUCAUCGCAAGAGAAGGCAAUUGCUUAUCGCACUUGUGUUGCACUACGACAGUAUUUCAGAGCCCAUCUUCUUUUGCUUGUGGAUUCUCUUCGGCCAAAUAAAGGUAGUAGGAAUGUGGCACGGGGUACUUCCACUAGUGCAAGAGCUUCUUACAAGCCGCUUGACAUUAGCAAUGAGGCGAUGGAUCUGAUAUUCAGACAAAUACAGCGAGACAGGAAGCUUGGAUCAGCAUUUGUUAGAGCUCGGUGGCCGGCAAUAGACAAGUUUUUGUCUUCCAAUGGCCAUAUAAUUAUGCUGGAGCUUUGCCAGGCCCCAACUGUUGAACGUUAUCUUCACGAGUUAGCUCAAUAUGCACUUGGUAUUCUUCAUAUUGCUACAUUGGUACCCUACGGCCGUAAGUUGACUGUGAAUGCUACUCUCAGUAAUGAUCGGUUGGGAAUGGCUGUUAUUCUAGAUGCAGCAAAUGGUUCUGGAUAUGUGGAUCCUGAGGUAAUCAUUCCAGCAUUAAAUUUGUUGGUUAAUCUCGUAUGUCCUCCUCCUUCUAUAAGCAACAAACCCUCCUUGCCCACACCAAAUCAGCUGUCUGCUUACACUAACAUGGUGAAUGGUUUUGCUUUAGAGAAUAGAGAGAGACAUUUGGACCGCAGUAUUUCCGAACGAAAUGUUUCAUUUCCUGUGCCCAAUGAAUCAUGGGAAUCAAACCUGUUAGAAAGAGGUGCUUGGACAACGUCAUGCAGUUCACAGACAACUGUGCCUACAGUGACCUCUGGAGUUGUCGGAGACCGCAAGAUAUGCUUAGGACCUGGGGCUGGCUGUGCUGGUCUAGCAGCCCAAUUGGAACAAGGAUAUCGGCAGGCAAGGGAGGCUGUGCGAGCAAAUAAUGGAAUAAAGGUUCUUCUUCAUCUACUUCAUCCCCGAAUGAUUACUCCACCACAGGCUCUUGACAGUAUCAGGGCUCUUGCAUGUCGUGUCCUACUUGGCUUAGCCAGAGACGAAACAAUUGCUCACAUACUAACAAAGUUACAGGUAGGGAAGAAAUUAUCUGAGUUGAUUCGUGAUUUGGGCAGCCAGGCUUCUGGUAAUGAGCCAAACAAAUGGCAGGCUGAGCUUGCUCAGGUGGCGAUUGAAUUAAUUGCAAUUGUUACAAACUCUGGGCGUGCAAGUACUUUAGCGGCUACUGAUGCUGCUGCUCCCACAUUGAGGCGCAUUGAAAGAGCUGCAAUUGCUGCUGCCACCCCUAUUACUUAUCACUCCAGGGAACUUCUACUCCUUAUACAUGAACAUCUCCUACUCUCUGGUUUGACAGCUACUGCUGCUGCUUUAAAGAAGGAGGCUGAUUUGACACCAUUGCCAUAUUUGUCAGGACCACCUCUCCUUCAUCAAACUUCUGUCCAAGAAAUAUCUACUGUUCAGGCCCAUUGGCCAUCUGGACGUACACCGUGUGGAUUUCUUUUAGAUUUUAAUAAAUUUUCAUUUCGGGAUGAGGAUAACCAAAAGUUUGACCUUGCCAUGGGGUUUUCACGGAAGAAGUCUCUAGCUUUUGCUUCGAAUCUGUUGCUCGGAAAGAGUCAACUUUUAUUGAGCUCAUCUUCUACAAAUGGUGUAUCUAGUGUAUCUGCUUCAGGGAAUCCAUCUGCAUCUUACAAUGAGGGGGAGAUUUCACUGCCUGGAACCAUUUCUAAUUCAGAUUUAGAUCAUGCUAUAAAAUCACCAAUCAUGUUAACAAUGAAAAGAAAGUUAAUUGAACUUAAGGAUCCAAUCUCUGCCACACCCUCAGCAAAACGCCUCGCGAUUUCUGAUGUUUCAUCUCCGUCUUCAUUCUUUCAGAGUCCUAAUAGUGUGCAUAGAAGUUGUCUCAUAGUUGAUGGAAUUAAUCAAUCGCCUAUUCGUAAUUUUACUCCAAAGUGCUCGUUUGGCCGAAUAACUUCGAGCCACAUCCCAGUAGAUAAUUCCGAUGAGAGUCAUCACCAGAGUGCACUUCAGACCGGGAUUCCAGUUGAACAGUUGUCGGGAAAUAUGGAACGGAUGACUCUUGAUUCUUUGGUUGUGCAAUACUUAAAACAUCAACAUCGGCAGUGCCCUGCUCCAAUUACAACUCUACCGCCACUUUCUCUUCUUCAACCUCAUGUGUGUCCAGAGCCAAGUCGCAGCCUCAAUGCGCCAGCUAAUAUGGCAGCACGGGCUUGUGCUCGUGAGGUUGGCAAGCAGUAUCGUGGUAUCCAUGCUGGUCGUCGAGAUCGUCAGUUUGUGUAUAGUAGGUUUAGGCUAUCUCGAACUUGCCGAGAUAAUGUGUCCCUUUUAACUUGCAUUAAUUUCUUGGGUAAUUCUGAUCGAAUUGUCACUGGAAGUCACUCAGGUGAACUAAAAAUUUUUGAUACUAACAGUGGCAAUGUAUUGGAGAAUUAUGGUAGCCAUCAGACACCUGUUCCAAUGAUUCAGUCGGCCGUUUUAGGUGAUACCCAGCUUAUACUUUCAUCAGGUACCUUUGAUGUUAAGCUGUGGGAUGCCUCUUCAUUCUCAAAUGGGCCCUUCCAUUCAUUUGAUGGAUGCAAGGCAGCUCAUUUUAGCCACUCAAGCACCACAUUUGCAGCCCUUUCAACUGAUGCAUCAAGCCGUGAGAUUCUUUUAUAUGAUAUUGAAACCUGUAAUUUAGAGCUAAGGAUUCCUGAUAGUUUGAGCAACCCUUCUGGCACUCUUCGAGGUACAACAGUGUCUCUUAUACAUUUUAGCCCGCUAGAUACUAUGUUACUAUGGAAUGGAGUCUUGUGGGAUAGGCGGAGUGGGGCUCCUCUGCAUCGAUUCGAUCAAUUUACUGACUAUGGUGGAGGUGGUUUUCAUCCAUCAGGAAAUGAGGUCAUUCUAAACUCAGAGGUUUGGGAUAUACGGAAGUUCAAGCUAUUGAGAAGCGUGCCUUCGCUAGACCAGACUGUAAUCAAGUUCAAUUCUGGCGGGGAUGUAAUUUACGCUAUUCUCCGGCGUAAUCUUGAAGAUAUAACCUCUGCUGUGAACACUCGCCGUGUUAGGCAUCCACUUUUCCCUGCAUUUCGUACUAUAGAUGCUUUAAAUUAUUCUGAUAUCGCUACAGUUCCUGUGGACCGUUGUGUCCUGGACUUUGCUGCUGAUUCAGCUGACACUUAUGUUGGUGUGGUCGCCAUGGAUGACAAUGAGGAAAUGUUUUCCUCUGCUAAACUUUAUGAGAUAGGAAGGCGUAGACCUACUGAUGAUGAUUCAGAUCCGGAUGAUGGGGGUGAGACUGAGGAAGAGGAUGAUGAGGAUGAUUCUGAAGCUGAUGUGGACUCUAUAUUGGAUACAGAAUCAGAUGGCGAAAGAGAGAGUGAUUCUGAUGAUGUCAAUAACAAUGAAGAUGACGAGGAUAUUGACAGUGGUGAUGAGCCAGAUGGUGAUUUCAACCUUGAUGAUGUGGAGUUUGACGGGGGCCAAGGAAUAGUAGGGAUUAUGGCUGAGAGUGAUGAAGGUGCAAAUGAAGAUAGCGGUCUUGAGUCUUACAGCAGCGACGAGGAAGGGGGUUUUACAGCCAACGGUUUUGGGUUCUGACUUCAGCCGUUAUCAGGGUGCCUCCUGUAAUUAUCUGUUUUAUUUUUUUUUUAUCCUCUUUUUAUCCUACGCCAGCUAUCCGAUUUAGAAGCAUGGUGAACGAGCACAUCAAGGAACUUUGUGAAAUAUUGGAGGCUUAGCAUUGUGAAUGUGAUGGAAGGCUAUUUGGCUGACCGUCCAACUGCCAAAGGGAAGAAAUAAGUUUUCAUU